CACUGUGGCAUCGCAUCCCAUCGUCGUUCAUCAAAUCCCCACUGUUCAUACACGUCCCAAACAACCAUUUCGUAUAGGCUAUUUGCUACAACUUCUCUUCAGUCAUGCAAGCUUCGCCAACACCGUCCACACUUUCCUCUUCCUCUCUCUCCUCCUCGACGCUCUCCUCCUCAACUCUCUCUCCAGCAUCCAUCAACAUCAACACCUCAGUCUCCCCUUCAGGCUCCCCAUCACCAUCCUCGCCCCUCGUUAGAAAGAAGCGUAACUUCAAGCCUCUCGGACUGGCCAUAUCUCCGGUCGCGCCCUCUCCAGGCUCAUCUCUUUCUAUGCCAAGCGCGAUGCUCGCAGGUGUUGGCGGCGCGAUCGUCAGCAGGGAAGCGACGAUCACACCCGAUCAUCCGCUGCCUACUCCACCACUCCUCUCGGUCCCCAAGCCGCCAAUGGGAGGUGGUAUCUCCACCCUCCGCCCUCCGCCUCUCGGUGGUGGUGGGGGAGGUAGACGUCGCCCACCCCCUCUGCUCGACGUCUCCAAAAGCAAGGCCCUCCCCAAAGAACCGAAAGAGAACGGAGUACACGUCUCCCCGGCGCGUAGCGCUUCAUCUGCCGGUGGAUCCUCACCCUUCGGAUACUCUUCCUACCCCGGUGGAACACCAAACACCGGCAGCCAGAGGACAAACCUGCAGAACAAGCUUUCGGAACAACUGGCAACGCUGGAGAUGGGCGAGAAGGGGGAGAGGAUCGAGUUGAAGGUCGAGGAUUUGAAGACAAUUUGUGAGCUUGGGCAGGGUAAUGGAGGGACGGUCAGCAAGGUCAUGCAUAUCCCAACGGGGAAAACGAUGGCACGGAAGUUGGUACUCAUUGAUGCUAAGCCUGCGGUGAGGAAACAAAUCCUUCGUGAGCUACAGAUCAUGCACGACUGUCGUUCUACCCGGAUUAUCUCCUUUUACGGCGCGUUUGUCGCCGACCCACAUAUAUGCAUAUGUAUGGAGUUCGCGGACAAAGGGAGUUUGGACCAGAUAUACAAACGGAUCGGUGCGAUCGACAUUGAAGUCGUGGCGCAGAUUGCGCUGGCUGUGCUUGAGGGGCUUACAUAUUUAUACGACGCCCACCGCAUUAUUCACCGAGAUAUCAAACCGAGUAACAUCUUGUUCAACUCGGCUGGACAGAUCAAGCUGUGCGAUUUCGGUGUCAGCGGGGAGCUGAUUAACAGUAUUGCGGACACGUUUGUGGGCACGAGUACCUAUAUGAGCCCCGAGCGUAUCCAGGGUGCACAGUAUACUGUCAAGUCGGACGUGUGGUCACUUGGUAUCACCUUGAUCGAGCUUGCUCUUGGCAGGUUCCCUUUCAGCGACGAUGAUUCCGAGCUAGAAGAAUCAGACGAAGAAGACGAAGACGCAGACGCAGACGCAGAUGCAGAUAUCGCGCAUUACAUUGCCAACGGGCUGUCUAGUGCCUCUUCUGUAGACACAGAGCGGAGUUUCGCGGACAGCGAGGAUUCUUUUGGCGAGGGCACACUCUCCCCGCGCCGCGCACCGCUCGCCAUCCCCCCUCCUACUAUUUCCAUCUCCUCUGCUUCGACCCACUCCGCCGCCGAUACGGACACCACUACCACCCCGCAGACCUCGCGCGGCGCGCCCAAGCUAUCCGCUGCGACCAACGUUAAGAAGAACAGGCGCAAGUCGCGCGGUGUUUCCCUUCAAGGUGGCGGGAUGACAAUGUCCAUCCUCGAGCUCUUGCAGCACAUUGUCAACGAGCCUGCGCCCACCUUACCAGCGGCGAAGUACGGUCAGGAGGCGCGCGACUUCGUCGCCAAGUUACUGGAGAAGAAGCCUGAGGACAGGCCGAGCCCUAAGGAGCUCCUCGGGGAUAGAUGGAUGAUCAGGGCUCGAGAGGAGGGGUAUGAUCUUGUCGCAUGGGCGGAGACGAUUCCCUGAGCUUUGCCACGGAGUGGAUUACGGUUGCGGACAGUGUCUGGCAGCCAUGAUGGCAUGCACAAUAUGUGUGCAUGUACGAACGCAUGACCUAUCCGCGGAUACGCAUGCAGAUUACAUACCCCCCGGGGGCGACGACCUGUCCUCCUGCUCUUCCCUUCCCUACGCGCUUCGCUCAUGUUU